AUGCCUCAUUUCCGUUACAAUAGACAUUUCAUUCGCCUUACCUUUUGGGCUUCAUCCCUGCAGCAAUAUGUUCUGUCCUGUAUUUCUUAAGUCCAUGUGAAAAAGUCUGAAUUUACUUAUCAUUUAUUUAUUAAACAUGGGAAAAUUAGAUGUUAAAUUGUUGCGAUAUUUGACGUCGGAAGAUUUUCGUGUUUUAACAGCGAUUGAAAUAUGCUCGAAAAAUCACGAACUCAUACCUGGAAUUCUCGCUGCAAAAGUAGCGAAUCUGCGUUAUGGUGGAGUUCAGAAAUUAUUGAAAGAGUUGUGCAAACACAAGUUGCUGAGCUAUGAACGAGGGAUGCGAUAUGAUGGUUAUCGUUUGACAAAUGCUGGUUAUGAUUACUUGGCUCUGAAAGUCUUAACACAAAGAGGAAUAAUUUCUUCGUUUGGUAAUCAGAUUGGUGUUGGCAAGGAAUCUAAUAUUUAUAUUGUUGCCGAUGAAGAAAGGACUUCCCUUUGUCUAAAGUUACAUAGGCUAGGUAGAACAUGCUUCCGAAAUAUUAAAGGAAAAAGAGAUUAUCAUCAACACAGGCAUUUUGCAUCUUGGUUAUAUUUAUCAAGAAUUUCGGCAGCUAGAGAGUUUGCCUAUAUGAAAGUGCUCCUGGAUAGAGGUUUUCCUGUACCAAAGCCAAUUGAUUUUAACAGACAUUGUGUUGUAAUGGAGCUGGUUGAAGGUGGACCUCUAUGUAAUGUACAUGAAGUAAACAAUGUAGAAGCAUUGUAUGAUGAACUUAUGGAUUUGAUUGUUAGAUUGGCAAAUCAUGGUGUUAUUCAUGGAGACUUUAAUGAAUUUAACAUAAUGAUCAAAGAUGAUGGUAAACCAAUUAUUAUUGAUUUUCCACAAAUGAUUUCUACAGAACAUGAGAAUGCAGAAGAAUACUUUCAAAGAGAUGUGAACUGUGUUCGUGAUUUUUUUAAGAGACGUUUUGGGUAUGUGAGUGAACUGUAUCCAACUUUCCAAGAUAUAUCACGUGAAGAUUGCAUAGAUGCUGAAGUCAAUGCUAGUGGCUUAAUGAAACAGGUGCAAAAAGAUCUCUUAAAAGAACUGAACAUAACAAUAGAUGCUGAAAAUGAAGAAGAUAAUGAGACAGAAAUAUAUGAAGAUUGCAUUAAUAAUGUUGAAGGAUUAGAAGAUCAAAUAAACAAUUUACAGCUUAAAUCUGAAAUUUCUGAAAAAAAAGAAAAAUCUACUGUUUUUAUGUGUAAUGCAAUAACAAAAGAUAAUAAUGAAUACUUUGAGGAAAUAUCUACAACAAUAUGUUCUGAGAAACAAAACAAUUCAGGAAAUAAAUGCAAACAGAAUAAUGAAAAUAUAGAAAAUAUAUUGAUUGAUAAAGAACAUAGUAAUGCAUUAUAUGAUUUAUCAUCAGAUGUAGAAGACAAAGUAGCUUAUAUUAAUGAUUAUGAUGAUAUAGAAAGUAUACGGAGUGUCUCAACAGCUGCCACAAUCGCUCCAAAAGUGAUAAAAAAAAAGGUAAAAAUUGCACUUGACAAUCGCGAGAAGAAGAGCCAAUCAAAGAGGAAAAUUGUGAAAGGAGAAGCGAGCGCAGUGACAAGGAUACGAAGAGAAAAUAGGGCUACAGUUAAAGAAAGUUUAACAGGAAUUUGGGGUUUGGAAUGAAGCAGUAGUCAUACAUUGUAAGUCAUUUAUCAAGCAUAUAACAUAAAAAUCAUUUUAAUUAAAAAGAUAUCAUUUUGUUAAUAAUUUGAUACAAAUACACGUUCGCGAAUAUAAAUGAUUUCUUUGUACAUUUCCAUUAUUUAUCCUUUGCUAUUAUCUCUACAUAUUGCGAUUAUCAGUUACAUAAUAGAAAUCGAUUUCUGAUGUUACCAUACUUGUUUUUCGCGAGUCUUGUAAAAAUAUUUAU